AUUACAAAAUUUCUAUUUUUUUUUGAUAGGAAGAAAUCACUUGUGAGAUUGAAUGGUGAUGAAGAAGACAAUGAUACUAGCAGCUCUUGGGAGGGUUUGCACUUUUUUUAUUGAAAUCAUAUCAACGGAAUACCAAAAGAUAGUUUUAAAAAAUCUAUAUUUGAAAUGUAUGGAGAUGCUCCUCAGUCACAUGUAUAAGAGUGUGGCGAUGAUUGCAUAUGGGGUUUCCUUGAGCUUUGAGAUACUGUCAUUGUCUGGGCCAUUCAUGCCGACUAACAACAAGGAACAAAGAAGCUGGUCAGGCUGCUUGAGUGUCUCCUUAGCAAGCCCUAAUGGUCGUGUUAGAGGCGGUGGAAUUGCUGGUCUUCUUAUUGCUACCUGUCCUAUGCAGUUAAUGCUUUCAAGGACUAUUGGAAUGCCCAUAUGAAGAAGAAGCUGCUGAAGAAAAUUUCAAGUAAGCUUGGACCCCUACAUGGUAACAAAGUCCACAACAACAAGUCCAUUUGUGUCAAAAAGCUUUAAUGAGAGAAGGAGGUCAAAUAUUAUAACUCAUAUAAGCAUCCACUUUCAUGUCAUCUUCUUGGAAAUGUAAAUGUAAAUGUAAAUGUUCAUGUGUAUGUCUUGUAUUUUGUAGUGGUUCUGGUUUAAAUUCAUCUAGGAAAGUAGCCAAGAAGGCAAAAAAGAUUAGAUUCUUAUAUUUAUGUAUCUAUCUUUUUGUACAGUUGAAUUUUUAUAGCCAA